UUGAUCGAUUGAGGUUUCAUUUUUCCAAAAGCAACAUGGAGUCCCGCAGGACACUUGAAGCAAGUCUGACUUUAUUAAUCCUCGUAACCAGCAGCUACGGAGGACACUCACAACCAGUGCCCACUCUGAGAUGGAACCAGGCUCUGGUAACGUUUCAUAACCAGCUGACCGAAGAAGUGCAGGUCUUCUACACGUCAGAUUACUGCUACAAGUGCCUGUUCCAGCAUCUGGUCACUGUGGAACACAACAACAAUGCAUCUGCUGUGGUCAGCACAAAAUUCUCUCUGACUCUGGAAGUGAAAUCACAGAUCAGGAAUGCAACUCUUUGCAGAUGGAUUCCGACAUAUGAAGAGGCUGGUCAUUACUCGGUUUGGAUCCAGAUGUCCGAGGCCACCAAUAACUCCAGCUGCAUUUUCGCUGUGGAUAAAAAACCAAACAUUGUUUACAUGCCUCUUCUGGUGGCGGCUCUCCUAAUGGCCGUACUCGCUCUCUUGUUCAUCGCGAGACCCUACAUCUACAGGAGGUGCUGUGCAUCCAAAUGUAUAAAGACCAUUUGCUGCCAAGGCUCACAGCACUCAGUGGAUAAUGACAGCGCAGACGAUUGUGAAGCUCAGCAGAAUACCACUAAAGCAAAACCAGCACGUCUGCUCUCGCUGGACACUUUCCGUGGGUUUUCCCUGAUUGUGAUGGUGUUUGUGAACUACGGAGGAGGAGGCUACUGGUUCUUUCAGCAUGAGCCUUGGAAUGGUCUAACUUUGGCCAGUCUCGUCAUGCCAUGGUUUGUGUUUGUUAUCGGGACUUCAGUGGUGUUAGCUUUCACGUCCAUGCAGAGGAGAGGAGUCAGCCGCCUGCAGCUGCUGCGCAAAAUCUCUUGGAGGACAGUGGUACUCAUGAUGAUCGGCUUCUGCUUCCUGAACUACUCUCCCAUUGACGGAUCACUGUCCUGGUCCUGGCUGAGGGUCCCUGGGGUGCUGCAGCGUCUGGGCUUCACCUACUUUGUUCUGGCUCUCAUGCAGACUUUCUGGGGCCAGAAAGAAAUCUCACUGAGAGCGACUCGCUGGUGGAACCCCGUCCAGGACGUGGCCCUUUACUGGCCCCAGUGGCUGAUUAUCAUCCUGCUUGAGGCUCUGUGGCUCUGUAUCACUUUUCUCAUGCCCGUACCCGAUUGCCCCACAGGGUAUUUGGGGGCUGGUGGAAUCGGUGAUUACGGUCUUUACCCAAACUGCACUGGGGGCGCGGCGGGGUACAUUGAUAGGUUGAUGUUUGGUAAAAACCUAUACAGAUACCCCACAUGCAAAGAAAUAUAUCACACCACGCAGCCUUUUGACCCAGAGGGUGUUCUGGGUACAAUCAACUCCAUUGUCAUUGGAUUCCUGGGGAUGCAGGCCGGGAAAAUUAUCAUCUUCUACAAGGGGAAGACCAUCUCCAUUCUCUGUCGAUUCCUAGUGUGGGCCGCCAUCCUGGGAAUCUCUACAGCCAUCCUUUCUAAGUGCACACGAGACGAAGGAUUUAUACCUGUCAAUAAAAACCUUUGGUCGUUGUCCUUUGUGUUGUGUGCGGGCUGCUUCUCCUUCCUGCUGCUGGGAGGCAUGUACUUUGUCAUCGAUGUUAAGGGCUGGUGGGGCGGACAGCCAUUCAUAUACCCAGGGAUGAACUCCAUCUUUGUCUAUGUUGGCCACACUAUGCUGGGCUACUACUUCCCGUUCAGCUGGGAGAUGCGCUUCCAGCAGGACCACUGGGAGUGGCUUUUCCAAGGCCUGUGGGGAACGUCUCUGUGGGUGCUCGCCGCUUACCUGCUCUACAGAAAGAAAUUCUUCCUCAAAAUAUAAACCGGGAUCAUCGUGUGUCCCUUUCACGUUUCAUUUUACUCUAUUUUCUCAUUUUUUUUGCUGAACAAACACUAUUCAUGUAGAAAUAUAUUGAUUAUCAAAACAUCAGAAUGCUAAAUCUGGCUAUACAACAUGCUCAGGUGCAUUUGAAUGAACUGUACCGAUGAACCUCUCAUAGAGCAAGCAGCUCAAAGACGGUGCUUCAGGUUUUUGUCAAGCUAAAGCCAUUAAAGCAAUGCCUAUCUUCCAAAGAAGAUGUCUGAUUCAUUGUCCGUGCGGGCAGCUGAGGAUUUAUUUGACGCCACUUGUUUUGUGCACUGAAUAGACUGAUUAAAUCAAAUACACUGAGGUAGUACUUAACAAAUUAGGACGAGUGA